GAACAAGAAACUGUCGAAUUGAAAAAGAAGAGAACUUUUAAAAAAUAUUCUUAUAGAGGAGUUGAUCUUGAACAAUUAUUAGAUUUGAAUAGUGAAAGUUUAAUGGAACUAGUUCAUUCCAGAGCAAGACGUAGGUUUCAACGUGGGCUUAAACGUAAACCAAUGGGUUUAAUUAAAAAAUUACGUAAAGCUAAAAAAGAAGCACCUGCCGAGGAAAAACCUGCAGUCGUUAAAACUCAUUUACGUGAUAUGAUCAUUGUACCUGAAAUGAUUGGUUCUAUUGUUGGCGUUUAUAAUGGAAAAACUUUUAAUCAAGUUGAAAUUAAGCCUGAAAUGAUCGGUCAUUAUCUCGCCGAAUUUUCCAUCUCAUAUAAACCCGUCAAGCACGGUCGUCCCGGUAUUGGUGCUACCCACUCUUCACGUUUUAUUCCAUUGAAAUGA